AUGAAGUGCAAAGAAUAUGUGAAAUCGGAAAGACAGGAACAUGUCAUGGAUCAAUGGAACAACAUCAUGUAUUCAAACACAGAAGAUGAAUAUGAUGUACGCUUAAAACACUUCGAAAGUGUUUGUGGUGAUAUUCUAGCGUUUCUGAAGUAUGGUAAUGAAACAUGGCUAGUACCAUAUAUGGAAAGGUUUGUUGCUGCAUGGACUAACAAAGUCACCCACUUAGGGAACACAACGACUAACAGUUGGGAGGCUGUGAAUACAAUGUUGAAGUUGCAACUAGGUUCCAUAAAAGCGUCAUUUCAAAAAAGUAUUGUCAACACAGAGCAUCGGUAUAACACACCUUUCUAUUCCAAGUUUCACAGUUUUGUCUCAAGACAAUGUAUACAACUCAUUGGGAAUGAACUUGAAAUAGUGAAAUUUGUUGGUUCAAGGAAGGAGAGGUGUGGGUGUUACAUUAGAACAACACAUGGGUUUCCGUGUGCGUGUCAGCUUGCCGGUUUCCAGAUAUUAGGCACCCCUAUACCUUUGGAAAUAAUUCAUAUUUUUUGGACAAAACAAUUUAGUCAGGAAGAGGGUAAUUGGGAUUUAGAAGAUGAGUGUGAAGAGUUGAAGAGCUAUUUCAAGAAAAAGUGCGGGAGUCAGACUUCAAAGAGAUUGUGUUCAAAACCGAAUGGAACUCAAUCUUCAAUCAUUAUGAUUGUUAGGCAACCUACUGUGAUAUCUUCACGAGCUGAGUUCUUGCCACAAUUUCCUGCUUUCUUUCAACCAAACAUCGAAGACAUAAUUAGUGUCGACGAUGAUGGAAACUAUAGUUUUUGUUGUGUUUCAGCUUCAUUAGGAUGGGAGGAAAAUUCAUGUCCUUUGGUUCGGAGGCAGUUAGAUUCUCAUAUCCAUCAGAACGCUGACUUGUUUUCCAGAUUAUUCUAUGAUACUGUGUCCGAAGUUAGGAAAACAUUAGAGGUAACUCACUUGGGUGGAUAG